AUGCCACGCCAUCAGCUUAAUUCCAAACAAAGUAGGUACAUGAAGGAAAAGUUUAAACAUGGAGAGACCACGGGGAUUAAAGCAAGCCCAGAUGACGUCUCGGAGGAGAUGAGAUGUUUGAGAGAUCAGAGCGGGAUGCGAAUCUUCACGUUAAAGGAGUUCCUACGUCCACAACAAAUCACCUCAUUCUCCUCUAGGAUGGCAUGUAAGAGAAGAGAUGCCACCGACUCCGAUGAUGAGGCUGAAGAAUUUGCGAGGCAGCAAGCGGCUGUCCACUCGGAUGUGAUGGAAUUUUUACGGCAGGAAAUCAUCCCUUGCUUUUCUCUGGCAAAAACCUGUGCUUGA